GCGAAUAUUCCAUCGAGAGGUCUGGUUUGACAGGCGGAAGGGCAGAAAGGCAAGCUUGAUUGCGCAGCACAAAUGACGCGUGCGUGCAUCGCUCUAAAGCACGUGACCUUGCCUGCCCUCUCUUUGCCAGUCAUGCCUGCGAUUCUGCUCCCAGAGUAGCCAAUUCAAGUGCGCAGAAGCUGCUUCAGAUUAUAUCCAAGCAUUCAAGUGCCGAGUGCUCACGAGGCACAUAAUUCAGCUGCGUGGGUUCAGGGUGAGAUGAUUCGUCGAAACGUUGUUUUGAGACAGGGAGAAGAUGUAUCGCACCAGAAAAAGGCCCAGAGGAUCGCUCUCAAACAGUCAAGAAUACGAAGGCCGCCGGUGUCUGCAGCCGCGUCCAGGGCAGAGAUGUCUCGAAACAGUCACAGGGAUAUUGAAAGUAGGAUCGCAUCGUCAGUCAUUUCUUCAAAAAUGAGCCUCGACUCAUUCGCAGAGCCACUCUCGGCAUUUACUAUGCCCCAUGGAAAGCCCAGGAUCGCCGCCUUGCUGAGUGAGGAACGCUUAUCAUUCCCCCGAUGUCAAUUCGGCUGGGGCGGCCUCCCCGCAUCUUUCGCCGCCUCUGUUUUUUUUUAUAUCCGGAGGCGGUUGGUAGGGUCGCAAGCAACCUCGUGGACAGUAGAAAGUUGACCCAUCGCUUGAUACGUUGAUCGGUCGGAUCCUGAGUCUUAGUUUAGUUCCGAUGCUUCUGCGCAGUUUAUUGGCUUGUUUAUUCGCACGUUCUCGAGACCGCUCUCUGGCCCGGCUUCAUCCUUAAAUCCGUAUAUUUUUUUUGCAUCGCAUGUAUCUCUAUUAUAAGUGGUCUAUAUACCUAGCGGACCAAGAGCCAUGUCAGCCCAGUGAAG